AUGUCGCCUUAUCCCAAGGUUGGCAAUUUAUUCUUAUUUGUAGUUUCUCCAAUAAAUAAGGCUCUUGAUAUAAUCUUGGAUCCAAAGGCAACAAUUGUAGAUAGGAAACGCUCAGAGUCGUCGCUCAAAGAAUCUGACCAGGCUCUCUCCGUUAGCAUUCAAUUGAUAUCUUGCAAAAAUGACCUUCCGCUAAAUCUAAGGCUCUUUGGUUGCCAUGUAAUUGAGCACUUUCUCAAUACGCAAUGGAACAACUGGAAUUUUACGCAACAGCUCGCGCUACGAGACCAAAUUGUUACACUUCUUUUAUCACAAAUGAAGGGCGGCUUCGGAGAAGAACCAUAUCCUAUUAAGGAAAAAAUAUCGAAAAUUGCCGUUUCUGUGGCUGUCAGAAUGUGGCCACAAAAUUGGCCGGAGCUUUGGCCAAUGCUGGAGUCGUUGAUGAGUUCUGCUCAGGUUGUUUUUAUUUUUGUUGAUCCGCACAUGUCUGACUGCAGAAAAUUUGAUUUGAAGUCAGCCAUUGUCAACCAGUCUCGCGUUUUUUGGCCAUCAUUCGUAAAUUUCAUCAUCUCCAAAUACGGUCAAUUAAUGGAAUCCAAAGGGGAGUCUACUGGCGCGCUUUCUUCGGGCUCCUCUUCAUCAGCGCCCAAGGCUCUUUUCAUUACAGGCCUUAAGCUGUGCACGGCAUUUGCCGAAUUUAUCCCGCUGUCUUUAGUGGUCCAGACAUCUUUUACACAGUACUUGUCCAUGUGGCUAUCUAAUGAUGAAAAGAUAUUUAUGGGAGUUGUUGAGGUUCUUAAUGUGCUUGUGAAAAAAUCCCCUGGACAAGUUGAAGAACAGAUAUCAAUAUGGAGACCUAUCAUGGACCGAUUUGCAGACUUUCUCUCAUUUACCGCCUCUUUAUUGGGAGAUCCAUUUUCCGGAACUAACUAUGAGUUGGUGAAGUGUAUUUCAGAAUUCGUUUGCGAGUUUGGAACCCAUCAGCUUUGCGGGAAGAAAUCCAUUUUGGCCGAUGAAAGGACCUUUUUGGAGUAUUUGAAAAUCGUUUUAAUGCUACUGGGAAGUGAUAGCGAUUAUAUUUCAUCGAUGACGAUUUCUUUUUGGCUGAACGCGUUUAAACACGAGAAACUAUACAAAAACAAUACCUUUUUCUCUAACAUUGCACAGCUUAUAGAUGUUAUCACGAACAAAGUGCUUCAAUCUGCAGAAAUGCAUUCAUUUAAGAACUCAAACCAAAAGAGAUUUUAUGAGCUAGAUUUUGACAAUCAAGAGGAAUACGCAAUCUUCCUUUCAUGCGCCAAGAGUAGGUAUCUUGAUGUGAUCAGAGGCAUUUCCCGACCUUUGGAUAUGUUGUUGCUAGUCGUUUCUGCAGUGGAAAAUUUUUCUCAGCUAAACUACGAUGCCCUCAUUGGCGAGGGAAAACAGGGAAAUCGUGUUUGCUCAUUUUCAUCAAAAUACUACAUGAAUUUAGAGUCCAUCGUAAGUGUGAUGGAUGCCAUUUUGAUGUCAAUUGGGGACAUCAAUGGCUGUUUCAAGGAGCCCUCUGAGGGCGGCGUCAGGGCGUCUCUGGUUUCAAAAUUCCACUCUGUAUUGUCCAUUUUGCUUUCGUUCAAUCGGCCCGAUCCGCUGUGUCUGACAAAGGUUGUCGAGGCCAUUGUUUCUUGCUGCCUGUUCUUAAAAUGUAACCUGGAAAACAUCAUCACUGUAUAUAACUAUCUUGUUCCUUUGAUCUCGUUAACUGUUUCUGGCGAUCGGGAUUCAAUUAUCAAUCUCAAACGCCGGGCAGCAACGGGGCUGGUUAAGCUUGCCGUUGGAUUUUCGUCUCAACUGAUACGGUAUUUUGGCACGAUUUCGCGGCAAAUCCAGACUCUUCUUGCUUCAGAUAGCCCACUGGGAUUGUCUGAAAAGGCUUCGUUGAUCGAAUUCCUUCUUAUCAUCGUUCAGGAAGCCGGAACGGACAUCGAUAGAGAAAAGUGCUACGAAUUUGUCUUUUUGCCGAUCAUUCAAGAAUGGAGCAACAAUGCGGUUGUUGGGCAUCUUUUGGAAAAUUUCGAGGCGUUCGUGGAGUCAUGCGGCCUAACCACUUUUUUGUUGGAUGAGAUCGUCAAUAACCCGUCCUCUUUAAAGGGCAGAUUGGAGUAUUCGGAGAGUUCCAGGAAUUCUCUUUUAUACUUAUGCAACGUUUCUUUGGUGGUUCUAAAAAGGCUUUUGCCGUCUUCUUUGGUACCUUCUUCGUCUGCUUUGAUUCAUAUUGCUCCUCAAACGUUGCAAGCUUCGACAAUUCUUGUCGAACUUAUCAUUCCCAGAGUUCUGAAAGUCAUCGGCUAUUUGCAUUCCAUCUGGAAUGCAGAUGUUUGGAGAUCAAUACAUAUCGAAAAACGUUCCCGCUUAAAUGUUCUUCUCGACUUAUCAAAGGAGGAGAAGAGGGUGUUUCUUUCUGGCUCAAAAUACUCCCGAAGCGAAGAUGAAAUUAUGCCCCUGGAAGCACUUGAAACUUCCAUUCGUAUUUGGCUGAAUAAUAUCCGACAAUGCUCGUAUUCCAUCAUCGGCACGGCAUCCCAGUAUGGGGCGCUAUUUUAUCAGAAAAUACCGAUCUCCCUUUUCGUGUCCUCUUUAUUCCAAGACUUUUCGUCGAUGCAGCUGAGAUUUAUAAAGUACUUUCUUUUACUUGUGGCCGAGCCUUGCACCAUCAAUUGCCCAGAAAGCGAAUACAGGGCUUUUCUAGCGUCUUGGGUACCUCAAUUGGCCUCUUAUGUUGGGGAAUUUCUCUCCUCUCAAUGGGACGUUUAUGGGAAGCUUUCUUCGUCAUCCAUAGAGCUUUUGUUGGUAAGCGAUGUUGAAACAGACGAUGCCUCGAUAUCGGAAAAUUUGCUGUUUGAGCGGUUGCUUCGCCAAGCCAGUCAUUCGUUUUCCACUUAUUUGUUCAAUAUUUUUGUCCCCAUUUCGGAGCGCCAAUCUUUGGUUUCGAAAACGCAUUCCCUAGAAAAUGCAACGCCUUUGCUGCAAUUUAUUUUCCAAAACAAGGUAUCCUGUGUGAUAGAAUUACUUACCAUAGGAUAUUUAUUCUCCAAUGCUUCGAUCUCUGCUUUUGAUGAUGAGGUGGAAGGAUUCCGUCUCAUGUGA